AUGGAUGUCGUCGGUGAUACUCUAGUUUUAACUUCUAGUGAUGCCCCCCUCAAAUCCUCUCCUUUACUCAAGUCGCGACCGGCCCAACCAAUGCCUUUCCCCCUUGGCCGCAAACCAGUAGCUCCUCCUUCAUCUCCUAUCGCUUUUUCUCUGAACAUCAAGGUUGGACCCAGUGGUGACUCCAAGGAUGAAACACACCUUGCGUCGGGGACGAAAGAUGAUUUUUCUUUGCUACUCAGUGAUUCUGACAUUGAGAUACUUGAUCCUACCCCGCCGAGAAUGCCCUCCCCCCAACUGGUAAUCGACAAUUCCACGCAUACAUCACCUCUCCCAAAUCAUAAUGGGAAGAAUACGACUAUUACAUUCACCUCGCCAGCCUCUCCCAGAUUAGAUCCACCAACUGAUUCACCAGACCGCUCAUUUCCGUUGAGACCUGCUGGACGUUCGACUCGCAUGACAAUACUGGACUCAUCUCCUUUAGGCAGCCCAUCUAUGAGUCAGAGAGGUGGCUCCGGGGAACCGUCUACUCCACCUCGACGUCGUAUUCGACGUGGUCGACCUCCUAGUCCAGAAGCUGAAGAAGCUGAGGUCAGACAAGACGUCCGGAAAAAGGGAAAGAAAACCAAGCGCUCGAUUCUUGAGAAGAACAGGUUCCUUGAAACUGAAGCUCAGUUUUCAGGAUCAGAAGAUUCAAACGCCUCGUUCGACCCUGCCGGUCUUGAGAAUGACUACGACCGAGAGUUUGUGCGAACCUCGCCGUUGACCCAAGUGCCUGCAGACUACAACCAACAACAAUAUUAUGUACAGAGCCUUAUGACUCAAGUUCCGGGAGGCUCUGGGCCGCGCUUUGCCACUGGACCUGUUCGUUACAAUGCGUACCUUGCUCUAGGGAAUAAGAGGCGCGAAGGCGUAUCCAGCUCGCCCGUGCGUGUCUCCCAGUCUCAAUACGUCAACGAUUCAUUCGUGGUAGACGAUGAGGAGGAAAUUGAGUACGAAGAGAAAUCAAGCGAUCUUGAUUGA